AUGUCUCCGUUUGGGUUAUUGCGGGUAGUAGUGGUUGUGUGGGUGUGGUCAGAAGGUAUUAUUGGUAAUGCAAAAGAUAUUUAUGAAACAAAAGACAACAACAUAGAGUGCAAGUCCAAGAUUAUUGUGAACAUUGGAGGCCUCAUAGACAUGAGUUCACGUGUGGGAAAGGAGCAGAAGAUAGCAAUGGAAGUUGCAGUGGACGAUGUAAAUGAUCAAAGUUGCCAUAAGCUUGCCUUGAACAUCAAUAGUAAUGCUCAUCGGAACUCAUCUCCUAUGUUGGCUGCCGAUCUUGCAAACAGCAAGCAAGUGCAAGUUGUCGUAGGAACAAAACUCGAUGCAGCAACGUUAUUCCACUCCAUUGAUGAAAACUCAAACGAUGUCCCCAUCAUAUCUCUAGCCUCAACCGCUAGUCCAGAAACAACCUCAAUCCCAUUGCCAGACUUCAUCCAAAUGGGCCACGAUGUCACCCUUCACAUGCACUGCAUUGCAUCCAUCAUACACCAAUUCCAUUGGCGAAAGGUCACACCAAUUUACGAACACAACAACUUCUACACCUCUCACUCACAAAUACUAACAACACUCUCUUAUUCUCUCCGUCUCGUCAACGCUGAAAUCGAUCACCACGUGGCUUUUCCUUCGAUUUCCUCUCUUUCAAACCCAAUAGAAAGCAUAGAACAAGAGCUUACGAGGCUUAAGAACAAGAGCAAUAGGGUGUUCUUGCUUGUUCAAUCUUCCUUGGAGUUUGCCACGUUGCUGUUUGAGAAGGCAAAGAAAAUGGGAAUGAUGGAAAAAGGGUCGGUUUGGAUCAUCACAGAUGAUGUAGCCACUCAUCUUGAUUCGUUGGAUUCUUCUGUCACAUUCAACAUGCAAGGUGUUAUAGGGUGCAAGACCAACUUCAUGGAAACGAGUCAAACUUUCAAACGUUUCAAGUUCAUGUUUAGGAAAAGGUUUGGAUUGGAAUACCCUCAAGAAGAAAACUCAAAACCAAGUAUCUUUGCUCUUAGGGCUUAUGAUGUUGUUUGGAUCAUUGCUGAUGCCUUGAAGAAGACACAAAGAAAUAAAAUUUCCUUAUCAGAGAAUAUUUUACAUAGUAAUCAUGAGGGGCUUAGUGGGAAGAUAAGGUUCAAAGACAGAAUGUUGUUGGAUCCACCAACCUUUAAGGUAGUCAAUGUUGUUGGAAAGGGUUACAAAGAGUUAGCAUAUUGGUCUUUAGGGUUUGGUUUCAGUGAGAACCUUGUUGAGCAUAAGAACGCAACAACUUGUGGUGGUUCUGCUAGAGUGCUUUUAGGUUCUGUGGAUUGGCCUGGUGGGUUGAAAACAGUUCCAAAAGGUUGGGUUUACAAUAGCACUAAGGGAAGGCCUUUGAAAAUUGGGGUUCCAGCUAUUGAUCCUUGUCCUCAGUUUGUGAAUGUGAGCCAUGAUAAGAGGCUGAAUGAAACACAAUUCACUGGUUUCUCAAUCAAUGUCUUUGAAUCAGUUGUGAAACGCCUGCCUUAUCCCUUGCCUUUUGUUUUUGUGCCAUUUUAUGGCUCUUAUGAUCAAAUAGUUGAACAAGUGAGCAGCAAGUACCUUGAUGCUGCUGUUGGAGAUAUACAAGUGGUGGAACAUAGAUAUGCUUUUGCUGAAUUCUCUCAUCCAUAUGUUGAAUCUGGUAUAGCCAUGGUAGUGAAAGUAAAGCCAAAUAGAUCCAAAGAAACGUGGAUGUUCAUGGACGCUUUCACAAAAGAAAUGUGGUUAUUGAUGGGGAUAAUGCACCUGUUCAUAGCAUUUGUAAUAUGGUUCAUUGAAGGUCAAAGCAAUUCGGAACUUCAGAGUUUUGGGGCCAUUCUCUGGUUUUCUGUCACCAUAUUAUUCUUUGCACACAGAGAACCUGUAAAGACCAACUUGGCCCGACUUGUUCUAGCACCUUGGUUAUUUGCUAUUCUGAUUGUGACUCAAAGUUUUACAGCUAGCUUGUCAUCCAUGAUGACAGUGUCCCAUCUUGAACCAUCUGUGCCAGAUAUACAAACAUUGUUGAGGACAAAUGCAAUCAUAGGGUGCAACAAGAACACUUUUUUGGUCCAAUACUUAGUUGAUGAACUCAAGUUCCAGCCUCAGAAUAUCAAAGUAUUUGACUCCAUCCAUGAUUUCCCAAGAGCCUUUGAGAACAAAGAAAUUGUGGCUUCUUUUACCAUUUCCCCUCAUGCUGAUGUUUUCCUAGCUACUUAUUGCAAGGGCUACACCAAAGCUACCUUCUUGAAACUUGGUGGAUUAGGCUUUGCGUUUCCAAAAGGGUCAGGUUUAGCAAUUGACAUGUCACGAGCAACCCUAAGAGCCAUAGAAAGUGGAGAAGUGAAAAAAUUAGAAGAGAAUAUGUGGUCCAACACCAAUUGUGGGUCUACAAAUAGCAAAAUACAAAAUGAACAACUUGGUCCUCAACCUUUCUUUGGCCUAUUUGGUAUCUGUGGAGCCAUUGCUCUCUUUGGUUUAUUGGCAGCCAUUAUUCAUUUUGUUAAAAGGAAUGCAGAGACAUUUGUGACCUUCAUAUCAUUGUUACACUUGCAAAGAGGAUUAUAA